ACAUGUGAGUUUGAUAGAUAACCUCAAAAAAGCAGAUGUGUUUUGGUGAUAAUUUAAAAUGAUUUUCAUAUAUUCACUGCUAUAGGUGUAUAAACUGUUUAUAAUUUAAAAUGGAAGUCGCCGGAUUUCCAGGGUUUAUAAAAACUAUUAAUGACGGUGAAGAAGUGGAGGAUUUCUCGGAGGAAUCCGACGUGGAAGUAGAGUAUCAACCCUCCAAGCAAAAAGUAAAGAAGAAAGCCGAUUUCAAUCCGAAGUUUCAGUUUGUUUCUUCAGUAAAAGAAUAUAACAAGAACACUUGGGACGACUUACAAAAGUAUGUUCGCCGAAAUGUGAAGCGCACCAUAGAUGAGAAGAUAGAGAGGCGGCGAGCGCAGGCCAAGGUGACGGGAUCAGCGGGUGACAUUGACACCGAUGAGGAUGACAACAAAGAUAGUGAUGUGGACGAACUAGAAAUAUCGGAUGAUGAACUCAAGAAGGAUGAGAUCAAGACCAAGGAAAAGAAACUAACUAAAAAGCAGAAGCUAAAACAGGAACUCAAAGAUGACGGAGAAGGCGCUCAGGUAGAAUAUGACUCUGAUUUCUUUGAAGAACCACCACCAUAUGAUGAGCAGGCGUCAUUCUACAUGAUGAACCUCUCUCGGCCGCUGCUGAAGGCCAUAGGAACACUUAACUAUGUCCACCCUACACCCAUCCAAGCAGCUACCAUACCAGUGGCUUUACUAGGAAAGGACAUAUGCGCUUGCGCCGCGACGGGCACAGGCAAAACGGCGGCGUACAUGCUGCCCAUACUGGAGCGGCUGCUAUACAAGACAGUCGGCGGCCGAGUCACUAGAGUGCUGGUGCUUGUGCCUACGAGAGAAUUAGGCGCUCAGGUUCACACCGUAACCCGCCAGCUCUCCCAGUUCACCACCGUGACGGUGGGCCUGUCUGUGGGUGGUCUCGACGUGAAAUACCAAGAGAGCGUGCUGCGUAGGAACCCUGACGUGGUCAUAGCGACGCCGGGCCGGCUUAUAGACCAUAUUAGGAACACACCCUCUUUCAGUCUGCACUCUAUUGAAGUACUAGUACUGGAUGAAGCCGACAGGAUGUUAGACGAAUACUUCGCGGAACAGAUGAAGGAGAUCAUCAGGCAGUGCUCCCCCAAACGUCAGACCAUGCUGUUCUCGGCCACCAUGAGCGAGGAGGUUAAGGACCUCGCCGCGGUGUCGCUGCAGAAGCCGGUCAAGCUGUUCCUGGACUCCAAUAAGGCUGUGGCUUUCAACCUGCGUCAGGAGUUCGUCAGGAUCCGCGCAGGUCGUGAGGCAGACCGCGAAGCGCUGCUGUGCGCUCUAGUGUGCCGUACUUUCCGCGACCGUGCCGUCGUGUUCGUGCAGACGAAGAAACAGGCUCACAGGCUGCAUGUCGCGCUCGGCCUGCUCGGUGUCAAGGUAGCAGAACUCCACGGAGCCCUAAACCAGCCUCAACGUCUCGACUCCCUAAAACGCUUCAAAGAUGAACUGGUUGACGUGCUAGUUGCUACAGACGUAGCAGCGAGAGGGUUAGAUAUACCCGGCGUGAAGACAGUACUCAACUUCACACUGCCAGCGACGUUAGAACAUUAUAUUCACAGGGUAGGCCGAACAGCUCGCGCGGGCCGCGCCGGAGUGUCCGUGUCUCUAGCGGGCGAGGCGGAGCGCCAGCUGGUCAAGCUCAUAGUGAAGCGCGCUAAACGACCCGUCAAGUCCCGCCAGGUCCCGCCCGAGAUCAUCGCCAAGUAUAGGGAGAGGUUGACGCGGCUGGAGCCAGAGAUCGCCGCCAUUUUGGACGAAGAAUACGCCGAGCGCCAGCUAAACAAGAUGGAGAAACAGACAGCCAAGCUCGAGGGGUCCUUGAAGAAGGAGAAACAGGAGCCGACACGGCAGCACGAGUGGUUCCAGACCCCCAAGGAGAAGAGAGAAGAGAAGGAACGGCUGGCACUCACGGCUCAUGCUGGGAAAGUUGAUAAACAAAAGGUCAAACCGAAGAAACGCAAACGUGACUCGGACGACGAGUCGGACUACGAGUCAGGCAGGAAGCGGGUUAGGAGGGAUGCGGGGGGGAAGGGGAAAGAGAAGGGCAAACCGAGGCCCAAGGACUCGGCCGAGGAGCGAGUGCAGAGAGAGAUGGAGAAGGUGGCGCUCCUACAGUCCCGCAUGGCCAAACGCAACAAGAAGCAGAACCGCAUCCGCGCGGUCGAAGACAACGAGGAGCGCCCGCGCGUCCACAAACAGAAAACCAAACGCAAACAGUCCAACUUCGCCAGCGACCUAACCGACACCUCCAGAGCAGCGACCAAACGCUUGCGCUACGACGCCAAUAGAGUCCAGAAGGGCAAACCGGUGGGCCCCAAAGGCAAAGGCAAGCCUAUGGGCAAAGGGAACCCGGCUAAAGGAGGCGCCAAGGGUAAAGGCAAUCCGCAGAAGGGCAAAGCGUUUGGGAAACCUCAGGCGGCAAAGCAGGGUGGGCGUAGGAAAAAAUAAAUUGUUGUUU